AUGCCAACGCACGUCGCUCUUGCCGGCGCCACAGGCCUUCUCGGGCCUGUCAUUCUAGCAGCUCUCCUCGCCGCCGAGCACAAAGUGACGGUGCUUACGCGCGUGGGCUCGAUGGCUGCGGAGAAACUACCUCUCCACCCUAACAUGUCGGUCAGACAAGUUGAUCUAGCAGACGCAGGGAGCAUCAUUCCCGCGCUGGGAGGCGUCUCCGUCGUCAUCUCCUGCGUCGCAGCCUCGGCUCUGGACGCGCAGAACCCGCUCAUUGACGCCGCCGUCGCAGCCGGCGCCACGCGCUUCAUCCCCGCAGAAUACGGCCUGGACUCGGCCAACCCGAAAGCAGUCCUGCUCCCCAUCAUCAGGGAAAAGGCAGCCACGCAGACGCACCUCCGUGCCAAGGUGCGCGAGACGGGCGGCGCCUUCUCUUGGACCGCCAUCGCCAACGGGUGGUUCCUGGACUGGGUGCUGCAAUCCACCGACAUCCUGCUCGACGUCAAGGCGAAGAGCGCAGUGCGGUACAACGGCGGCGACGUCCGCUUCAGCGCGGCCCUGCUCUCGGACGUUGCGCACGCAGUCGUGUCCAUCAUCGCCAGGCAGGACGAGACAAGGGACAGGCUCGUGUACAUCCACUCUGCGGUCGUGACGCAGAACCAGCUGCUGCGCUACGCGGAGGAGAAGGAUGGGAGGAAGUGGACUACGAGUGCGAAGGGGUCGGACGAGUUGCUGAGGGAGAUUUGGGGGGCCGUGGACAGGCGGGAUCUUGGUACUGCGUAUACGCUGGUGCCGAUUUUGGGGUGUUCGGAUCUGGAGUAUGGGUGCGAUUAUUCGGGACAUGACGAUAACGAGCUAUUGGGAAUUAGAGAGAUGAGCGAGGGGGAGGUGAGGGGGUUGGUGGAGGGCUUGUUGUGA